CUGUGGAUAGUGUGAAGGUUACGCCAUGUCGACAACAAGUCUCGGCUACGUUCGUCCGACGCCGGGGUCGGCGGCCAUAUCUGUUUUGUCGCAAGAACGAAAGAAGUUUGUCGCCCCUGCUCGCGUUGGAUUGCCAUGGCAGCGCCACAUCAUAUUCUCGCUGCUGUCACUUGCAGUGGCUAUGUCGCUGGUCACUGGGACAGUUGGCUCGGCCGACUGGAGUGCGAGUGGUGUCUUGCCAAUGCCGAACGGGGCGGUUUGCCCCGCUGCUGCUGCUGCUGCUGAAGCAGGACAUGUAUUGAAAACGCUAACCUGUCGGCUCGGUAACCCACCGGCAUCAUGUCAGUAUAAUGACAGUAGGAACAGCAGCAGCAAAGUCAAUGUCUCGGUUACGUGCCAAGAUGGCCGUCACGCUGGCAGGGACUACUGCACAUCGAGCACCGGCCAGAUUGUUCUGAUCGCCACUGUUGCCACGGUUGCAAAUGUCAUCCUGAUGGUGACGUGCUUCUUCAUGACCAGGCGGAAAGAUGACGGUCGGUACUCUCUGCGACAACCAUUUAGUCGGCGACCAGCAACUAAACCGGAUGACAGUGCAGACUGCAGGAACAGCAGACAAUGCAGGAACCUAAGCACAUUAUGGCGCUCUCUGUAUGAGAGGUGGUGGGUGCAGGAUAGUCAAAUUGAGAUCAACAGAAUUCUAGUCAAAGGUGAAUUUGGCUACAUUGCAAGGGGACGCAUGACGACUAAUGAUUUCAAGACGACCGAUGCCGUCUUCAAGUCUCCAGCAGGCGAGCCCUCUCCGAGCGGAGAAGUUCGGUUUGUAGAGACGGCCAUGUCACACCGCUACUUCACCCACUCCAAACUGCUAUCACCGCUGGCCAUUUGCAUGUACAAAGGCAAAAUGCCGUUGAUAGCAUAUCCGCCUUGUGCUCAGAACAACUUACUGGAGUACUUGCUGCACACUACCCAUCAGCCUCCUAACCUGGCCACGGUUGUACCACAACUUGAAGAAUCUCUACGCUCUGCCGAGUACAUCUCGUUUGCACUGGACAUCUGCCAGGCCUUGAUGUACCUCAAGACGCAGAACUUUAUUCACGGCGACGUGGCGGCAAGGAACUGUGUUAUGACAGGCACUCGUCAAGUAAAGCUUGCCGACAGCACCAUGUCCAAGGGCAUGUACCCUGGCCACUACUACCAGGUCCAGGAAGGUGAUGGGCACACGCAUGCUAUAGCCGUGCGCUGGGCAGCCUACGAAGUGGCAUUCAAGAGGGAAGUGAAGACAUUCGACUCUGAGAAGUGGGCAUUUGCAGUGACUGUGUGGGAAAUCUACAAUCGCGGCUCAUUUCCGUAUUUCAGCAUUGCGCUGAAAGAACCCAGGGCUCACAACCUGAAGGACUGCUUGGACAAAGGCUUGCGGCUGAGAGAAUCAAAGACCAUGCCCCCGGAUGUAUACAAACUGCUGAUGGGAUGCUGGCAGAUCAAUGCCAAGUACCGACCUUCGUGGAAGUGCAUUGUGACGGUGCUGAGCUCCACGUUGUCACAGCAGCGCUCCUUGACGGACUCGAACAGCCGUGACAUGAGCUCCGAUUCUCCGGGAUUCUCUCCGGUGUUGCAGCGCCACCCACAGCCAGGCGCCAGUCGUGGCCGCUUCCCGGCACCAGUCGACAGCUACACGAGCAGCGCACACUACCGCACGGACUGCAGACGGUCGCCCGUAAUGGCUGGAUUCACCAAUGACGCAGCACUAGCACCGGUGGACACGGGCACUAUGAGAUGUGCUGGUACCGGCCGUCAGUCAGCCCACCGGCCUGGCAAUGCACCGCAGCAGCAGCAGCACUAUCUACACCAACAGCAGCAGUGCUCCAGCAGUGACAAUGCUGCAGGCGACAGGACACCAGCCGACACAACCGUGGAAGCAGAGGACUACACGCCCAUGGCAGACCUGCAGACAGAUGAUGAUGUCAGCGAGCACACCGCCCCCUCUCGCAUCGCCAGGCAUGGAUCAUCCUGCUACGCACGCCCGGUGAAGAAGACCAGGGUAGCAUGCCAAAGCCCGACGGUGAAACGGGCAAACACACCCACUAGAGAUCAGCUUGUAGCUUCAGGCCCGUACCCCGAAGUGCAGCACAUACAGCAACAUCAGCAGCAGCAGCAGCGGCAGCAGCAACAUCAGCAGCAGCAGCAGCAGCAGCACCCACCUCCACUGAGCACGGACUUGGCUACACGCACAGUAGCCUACUCGCAGCCAAGCAGGCAGCAGUGUCACCGGCGACCACCAAGGAGCUACUUGCCAGCAAGCAGAGACUGCUCCUCACCGUACAGUGAAGACAGCGUUAACAACGUGUUUGCAGCUACCUGUACACUCUCCGACGAGCAGCUACAUGAAGAGUAUGCCGUGGAAGUCUAGCUCGCACUUUGCCCUUCUGUGAAAAGAUCACUUUGCAUCAACUUCUUCAUAUCUUUCAGUGUAUUGCUUGCCCUAUGUAUGCGGCACAUGAGUGACAAUCAACCAGGGAAUCUCCGCGCCAUUCUCUUCUUUUAGGUCGUUGUGUUGUCGUUCUUCUCUUUCUUGGCACGAGUGAACCCCACACCACAUACUACUACACACACAUACCGACGCUCAUUAUUAGUGGUAACUGUAUUAAAAUGAUCUUUUUUUAUUCUGAUGUGUGCCAUUACUCAUUAUCAUUACUCAUUACAGUGUACUGGGGAAAUGUUUCUUGUUGCAUGAGUUUGAAUGUGAGUUUGAAUGUGAGCCGCCACUACAAUAGGACUGUUGAGUGUUCACACAUGAGCCCUGUAGGAGCUAACGAAAACUGCUGCAUUUUUGUCGAAAAGCCUAAUUAAUAGAACAGAAGUUGUAACCAUUCCAGCAAGCAUC